GUCUCAACAGAGAAGUCAGGAAUGGCUAAAGAGAAUCACUCCUUGACAACUGAGUUUAUCCUCAUAGGAUUUCCAGAUCACCCAGAUCUGAAUAUCCUUCUGUUUGUGGUAUUCUUUGCUAUCAAUCUGAUCACCAUGGUGGGAAAUCUUGGUUUGGUGGUGUUGAUUUUCAUGGAGCACCGUCUCCACACACCCAUGUACAUCUUUCUGGGCAACCUGGCUCUGAUGGAUUCCUGCUGUUCCUGUGCCAUUACCCCCAAAAUGUUAGAGAACUUUUUUUCUAAGGACAGAAUGAUUUCCCUCUAUGAAUAUAUGGCACGAUUUUAUUUUCUCUGCCUUGCUGAAAUUGCGGACUGCUUUCUCCUGGUAGCAAUGGCCUAUGAUCGCUAUGUGGCAAUAUGUAGUCCACUGCAAUACCACAUCAUGAUGUCGAAACAACUCUGCAUUCAGAUGACCAUAGGGACAUUCAUAGCUAGUAACCUGCAUUCCAUGAUUCAUGUUGUGCUUCUACUAAGGUUAACUUUCUGCAUAUCUAAUCAAAUUGGUCACUUUUUUUGUGAUAUUUUGCCAUUGUACAGACUAUCCUGUACUGACCCUUUUAUUAAUGAACUAAUGGUAUAUAUUUUUUCAAUGCCUAUUCAAGUCUUCACCAUUGCCACUGUCUUGAUAUCUUAUUUCUGCAUCCUUUUCACAAUUUUCAGAAUGAAAUCCAAAGAAGGGAGAGGUAAAGCCUUUUCUACCUGUGCAUCUCACUUUCUCUCUGUCUCCAUAUUCUACAUUUGUCUUCUCAUGUGUAUUUGACCAAUUGAAGAAGGGGAUAAAGAUAUACCAGUCGUAAUUUUUUAUACAAUAGUGAUUCCUUUAUUAAACCCUUUUAUUUAUAGUCUGAGAAAUAAGGAAGUGAUAAGUGUUUUGAAAAAAAUCAUGAGGAACUAUAAUAUUCUUAAACAGACUUUAUCCGCUACAGCAAAUUGGUGCUGA